GCCAUUGUCCCCUAAUCCUCCACUAGGACGAGCUUCCGCUUUCCGGCCGGUCAGAUAGGAUCCCCCCCCCCUUCGAGCAAGCCACCCUGGACACAGUCCGGUGAGGGCAGGUGACAGAAGGAGGGGUGGCUAUGGGGAGGAGUGGGUAUGGCAUACAGAAAAGGAAAAAAAAAAACUUAAAUUGCGGCCGUCUCCCCUCCGGGCAUUCUCUCUCUGCCCCUUAUCUACCCGUGGUGGCCUUGCAGGUUUCGUGCCGCUUUUUGCUCCGAAGCAGGCCGGUCUCAUCUCUUGUUUCUCAGGAGGCUGGGUGGCUGGGAGAGCCGGGCAACUAUGCUCGUGGGAUCACGUUGUUCUGGAAAGGAGAGAAAAAGGGUGGAACACUGGACAGUGAGGCAGAAUUGCUUUCCAGCAACAUCAUUUAUCACUCCUCCACUUCAAUCGUGGGUAAGGAUGGGCUGUCGUCAUGGAACGUUAGUUCCGAACCCAUGUGUUUCUGCUCGGGCACGAUGGGAGGUCCAAAUAUCGUCAUCUCGGUACCAGCUCGGCAGGGGACGGAUAUCCAGUUCGCGCGGCGCGAGGGAACGAGACCAGCGAGAAUGGACGCGCCUGGAAUGCUGGCCGUUGAACGUCACGGCAAGCGGUCAUCGGGUUCGAAGGUCGUGGGCGUUGGACAGCAGUGCAUGGCCCAGGGAGGCUCGAGCAGGAGAAAACAACGCGGAAAAAAAAAUCCAGAAAAAAUUGACCAAAGAGGGAGAAGGGAAAGAGCGAAUUCAAGGGCCGGAAAAAGAGAAAAAUAGAGGAAGAAAAGAAAGAGAAAAAAAAAAUCAAAGCCCGCAAGGCGAAUGGGAAAACCGCAAGUCCAGGAAAAUCCCACGACUUUCAGGCAGCGUUCAGGCAGGUAUGGAGAUGAACGAACGAGGCAGCGGCUGGCGAAGAAAAGGGAAAAAAAAGGGCAAAAAAAAAGGGCUGUGCAACGCUGAGAAGCCCAGCCUGAACACGUGCAAGAAAGAAAGAAAGAAAGAAAGAAAGAAAGAGAAAGAGAGAGAGAGAGAGAGAGAGAGAGAAUCCUGGGGAUCUAUCUGCUUUUUCGCCUGGCCGGCUGCGGCUGUCAUUGCUCGUCCGCACCGAGCGUCUUGCAUGAGGUGUCUUGACUUGAACUUUUCUCUAGCGGGUGGAUUGUCUGGGCAUCGCGAUCGAGAACAAAACAAUGAGCAGACCGAAGAGCAUACACUACUUUUCCAAAGGAAUCUCGUCAUACUACAUAAUGUGGGCUUGUCUCUACGGAGUACCUAGCGAUAACCACGGUGACAGGAUCUUCCAUUUACAGAACACUCGUAUCUAGGUACAGAGUACUGAGCUAUGAGCAGAUCGCCUAUACUUAUAUCCGAGUUUAGCAGGGGAUUGAUGCUGGAUGUUGUACGGAGUAUUCAGGUCGGUUCACCGCCACAAUAUCGACAGGAAGUCUCCAUUUCCAUAUCGGACUCACUCUAUAC